AUGGACGUAAAUACUUUCCUAAUUUUCUAUUGGUAUUAUCGGCGUCGGCAGCGAAAUAGAAGAUUCUGGGUUCAUCCUAUUCUGACACAACGCUCGAAUUUGGGUAUUUUUCGGAAUCUUAUGAGCGAUUUGAGAAGAGAUGAGUCAAAAUUUUUCAAUUAUUUUAGAAUGAGUAUGACCACAUUUGACGAUCUUUUAAAAAGGGUGAAUGUAGAUUUAAAAAAACAUGAUACAAAUAUGAGAAAAAGCAUCACACCUGAAGAAAAGUUAGCAAUAUGUUUAAGGUACUUGGCAUCUGGGUGUUCGUACAUGGAUUUGCAUUACGCAUAUCGAGUGGGAGUCUCAACAAUCAACUCAAUAAUAGUAGAAGUAACAAACGUCAUAUGGAAUAAUUUGCAUCAGGAGUUUAUGAAAUUGCCCGACACAAAAUAUGAGUGGGAACAAAUUGCUGACGCAUUUUAUAAUAAAGCUAACUUUCCUCACUGCAUUGGUGCAGUUGAUGGGAAGCACAUAAGAAUGAAGAAACCAAGUCACAGCGGUUCUAUGUACAUGAAUUACAAGAAUUUUUUUUCCAUUGUAUUGCUAGCGGUAGUGGAUUCGAAUUAUAGAUUCACCUAUAUCAGCGUAGGCUCUUAUGGCAAAGAAUGCGACUCCUCUAUAUUCAAAGAAUCUACUUUCUGGAAAAGAUUAAAUGAUGGCAGUUUAGAUUUACCAGAAGCUCGUCCUCUCUUUACAGGUUUGGAAUCACGUGUUCCAUUUGUGAUAGUGGGUGAUGAAGCAUUUGGUUUGCAUUAUAAUCUGUUGAGACCCUAUGGAGGAACUCAUUUAGAUAAAAAUAAAAGGAUAUUUAACUAUCGAUUAACAAGAGCCAGACGUUAUGUGGAGUGCGCGUUUGGAAUAUUGGCAAAUAAAUGGCGAAUAUUUCAUCGUCCAUUGGACGUAAGCACCAGUACAGCUAUCUCGAUAGUUAAAACUUGCGCCGUGCUUCAUAACUAUAUCAUGCAUAAUGAAAGUUCAUAUGCGAACAUUGACAGCAACGAUUCAACGAUAUCUUUGGAAAACGUACGUAAUGAGCCAAAUACACGAGGUGGACGCUGUGCUAACACAAUACGAACAGAGUUCACAAAUUAUUUUGUUUCUGAAGUGGGAGCUGUACCUUGGCAAGACGAAGCAAUACAAGGAUAAACGAAAUAAAUAUAAAAACUUACCAUAGCUUUGUCUUUCUUUUUCCUCAAGUUCUUGAAAGUCUUCUCUCAAAACAAUGCAAACUUCGCGCCAUGCUGCAGUUCGCAAGUUGUUAUCUUUAUAAUUUUCCAGCGUUUUAUCCCAUAAUAUAGGCCUCAGGGCGUGGACCCAUGUCUACGGUGCGGCGCCGUUUGCCGUGCAACGGUACGGCACCGCCGCCGGCAGAUGGCGCGGCGCCGUGCCGCGCCACGGCGUCGUGUACCGACGUGCUCAUUAUUGUGUUGUCAGUUGCAUAGUGCGCACGUGGUAAUUUUUUUUGCAUAAAAUGGCGGACGAUUUAGAUUUAGACUUUUUGAUUUCACUAGUGGAAGCACGUCCCGUUCUCUGGGACAAGUCAAAGGAGGAUUAUAAGAAUAAAAAUUUAAAAACAGAAGGGUGGAAAGAUGUCUGCCUAAAUAUUUUUCCAUCAUUCGACAGCAUGGACAAUAAAGAAAAAACGAAACUCGGUGAGUAUAUACCUACCUAUUUAUUUAUCUUUUUAACUUAAUAAAGUGAAUACAAUAAACAUCAAAGUGAAAUCAAUGCAUUAAUGCUUAGUAUUAUUAUGAACUUGCCAUUUACACACACUCAAUACAUUUGGUGGGUUCGAUCCGUGACCCAACUUUAGUUAUAUUUUGCUUAGUUGCCAACUAAGCGCACCGACAUCACUAUUAAAGUAUUUACAAAAUUCGUCUCUUAUAUUGACAGGAUUUGUUAAGGAAACGUCAUCUGCUGUUUGUGGAAGGUUCAAAAAACAGUCGUCAAUAUAUAACUCCUCUGAUUUUCUAACUCCAUCUCGACUUACAACAAAAUUGUGUAAAACACAACAUGCUUUGAUAAUGUCGGUCGCAAAAUUAUAUUGAACAUUUAAGGGCCGAUGAAAUACUCGCCAUUUAUUUGCGAAAAUACCAAAAGCACACUCGACAUAUCUUCUUGCUCGACUCAAACGAUAGUUGAAAACCCUUUGUUCUUCUCUGAGAUGCUUCCCUGGGUAUGGACGAAUUAGAUUGUUAAGUAACGGUAGGCCUUCAUCAGCGAUAAAAACAUAGGGAACUGAAUUUUGGAGCCCCGGUAAAGGCUUUGGCGCUGGUAUGGGAAGUCGAUUUUGCAAUAAUAAUUCGUAUAGUUUUGAAUUGUGGAAAAUGGUGGAAUCACAUUCCUUUCCAUACGAUCCUAUAUCAACAUAUACAAAUCUAUACUUAGAAUCCACCAGUGCCAGCAAGACUAUAGAGUUAAAACUUUUAUAGUUAAAAAAAAGGGACCCACUGUGGGCAGGACUACAUAUUCGGAUGUGUUUCCCGUCCAAUGCCCCCAUGCAAUUCGGGAAAUUUGUUUUUACGUCAAAAUCCUUAGCUAUUUUUUCAAUUCGCUCUUCGGAUAUUUUCGGUAUACUUUCACUUAAAAGAAUGUCCCAUAUAGCACGACAAACAUCUCGUACAAUUUUUCCAAUUGUAGAUUUUCCACGAUAAUCUGUGAAUUCCAUAUCUCUGAAUGAAUU